AUACAACACUCCAGACAAAGCACAAGUUAGCUAACUAGCAAGCUACAAUUCUAACAUGCUACGAACUAUAGCAGUAACUUAAAUAUUUAAUAUAAGCACGACUGAACAGAAAACGAUACUUAAAUUACAUUUAUUUUCAGAUAUUUACCAAACUAUUGUUAAGACAGUGUGCAUGCUAACUCGGUAACAUGGCGUGUUUAUUUAAAGAUGUGACGUUUGAGAUCGAACCAAACGGGAAAACAAAGUCAAACAGUACAAUAAGAAGAUUCCUGAUUUCUCUGUGGUAACGUCAGAGCCAGCUAGCAUUGAUGGAAGAAUUGGACCGUAUUGUGUAGCGAACGUUAGCUAGUUUGUUUGGACGGAGCUGCUUGCGAGCUAAUUAGGUAUUCAUAAAGUCGGCCAUAUCUCUAUAAGAAUAGACCUUGCCUCAACUACAGUUAAAAUAUCGCAGUACUUGAAGACGUAACCGUGCAGUAGCCGGCUAUAAUAUGGUAGGGCAAAAACAGCUAGGAGUUGUGUAUUUAUCAGCUGCCUGACGAACGUGGAGAAUCGGGAACAUGGGAGGGAGACGAACGCAAGACAUAAGACCAGGUGAGGAUGGAAGCAUCAGAUCAGAGGAGAGAGAGGAGGGGAAGGGGUGGGACGAAUCUUGCAGAAUGUCAGAGCUCAGACUGGUGCUGAUUGGCAAGACGGGCACUGGGAAGAGCGCCUCUGGCAAUACCAUCCUGGGCCGCACACACUUCCUGUCGGAGCUGAGCGCUAGUUCUGUGACUCGCGUUUGUGAGCAGGUGAGCAUGGAUGUACUGGCGGCAGAGGAGAGGAAGAGAGUUACGGUGGUGGACAUGCCCGGAUUUGGAGACACCCGUUUGGGCGCGGAACAGACCCGGGCGGAGAUCGCCAGGUGCGUGGUUCUGACGGCCCCGGGACCCCACGCCUUCCUCUUAGUGGUCCAACUGGGCCGGUUCACGGAAGACGAAGCCAGGGUGGCUGGGGAGAUGGCUCAGAUUUUCGGGGAGGGGGCGUUGCGCAAUCACACCGUGGUCCUUUUCACCAGAGGGGACGAGCUGGAGGGCAGAGGGAUUGAGGAGUACCUGCGGGGCACCGCCCCAGAGGAACUGCGGUCGCUGCUGGAAAUGUGUGGGGGCCGGUACCACGUCCUCAACAACAGAGACCCUGCUGACCGCCAGCAGGUUCAGCGGCUGCUGGAGAAGGUAGAGAGGAUGCUGGAAGGCAGCGGAGGUGCUUUCUACACCAGCGACAUGUUCCGAGUAGCAGAAGAAGCCAUCAGGGAAGAGCAGGAGAGGAUUAUGAAGGAGAGAGGUGAGGAAGUCGAAGAGGAAGAGGGAGAGGAGGAAGGAGCGGUGGCCACAGAGGUGAAUCUGUCCAAGCGCAGGAAGUGUGAUCUCGAAGAGGAGGGUGGGGGAGCACAGAGGAAGGCAGGACCGAGGAAGCGAGACCUGGAGGGCCAACAGGACGUCCUGGGGCCCAGUGAGGACUGGAGGGUGGGGCAGUGGAGUGGAGAGGAGAGGCGUGAUCCCUGGAGCUUGUUUGGGGCCCGGGGCCACGACUGGGGGGAGCGCUGGAGGAGGAGGAGAGGGGGAAACGGGAGGAUGGUGAGCAGGAGACAGGCCUUCCGCUCGGCCCUCGGAAGGUUCCGGAGAGAGGCUGUCCUCUCUGAGAAAGUUCUGACCAAAGUCAAAAUUCUGGUGGCUGCGGGGGCGACAGGGAUGGCCGUGGGGGCGGCGUUUGGGGCGGCUGCGCCCUUAGCUGCGGCAGCUGGGGCAUCUGUGGUGGGAAACGCUUUGGGGCUGGCGGCGGGACAGCUCGCAGGGGUAUCCGUAGCAGGGGGGGUGGGGGUGGGUAAGGCAGUGGGGGCGAUAGUGGCGGCAGCAGCAGGGAAGACUGCAGUGGCCCUGGGAGCAGCGACCGGUGGGGUGCUGGGAGGGUCGGUGGGUGCGCUAGCAGGGGCAGAGGCUAACAGCCCAGGAGAGGCAGCUGUGGAGGCACUGGCACAGGUUGGGAUGAUUGGGGCGACUGCAGUGGGAGUGGCAGCAGGAGUGGGGGGCGCGAUGGGUGCAGGGGUGGCCCUCGGGGCCAUGCUGGAGGGCACAGCUGCAGGUUCAGCAGCUCUAACAGGGGCAGAAAGUGUGGGCGGGGUGGUACACAGUGUUGGGUCUGUAGCGGUAACAGGCCCACAGGCAGCGGCCACCGGGGGCAGUGUUUCAGGGGUGCUACAAGCCACAGGGGCAGCUGCAGCAGAAGGGGUGGUAACUACUUCCCCAGUGGCUCAGACUGCCCUGGCGACUGGCGGAGGUGUGGCAGGGGCCCUGGAGACCGUGGGGGCGACUGCGCGGAUAAUGACAGCGGUGGCGGAGAUUGGCAAGGCCGCUGCCGGCAUCGCUCUGGCCGGGGGCCUGGUUGUGAAAGUGGUAAAAGAGAAAAUCCGGAGUGGAUCCUCUGACUCGGGCUACACGGAGAGGAAGUCUUAUGAGAUAUACUGGAACAAGUAGAUAGAGCCCAGCUACUGAACCGCAUGCUGAGGGGGCACCGAAGUUAAUGAGCUGUCUGACAGUCAUUGUUGCCGUGAUUGAUAUUUUUGGUUCAGAAUUGCAGUGUUGAUAUUCAUACUUCAAUUAAUAUAGGAACGCACAGGCCAUCAUUUCCACCAUAUUUAGAGGGUUGACAGUAGAACAUUCUGUCAAUGAAAAUUACCUCAAAGACCAGAAAGUUUACCAUAAUUUUCCUUAGACUGCUUUUAAGGUCUGUAAAAGCAGCAGCCUCUUGGGUCUUCAUUUUCACUAAGCUGGAGCUGUGAGGUGUCAUUUCAGUUUGGCCAAACAUCCAGUAAUGUUGUCAUGUUUAGGGAGUUGCUUUAUGUUAUUAUUUUCUCAGAUGAAUUUGUGCAAACUACAAAUCAGUAUGUCCUGAUUUAUUUACUGUUCUGAAGUUUCACUUUAGUGCAAACACACAGCCAAAUGCAUCAUUGAGUUGGAGUUUUUGUAAAAUGAGUUGUGACCUAAAUAACUGUUGAGCUUUAGGUAAAACAGACAAUCUAUCCCUUUAAAUCCAACAUUUCAUUUUUUCAGACGUCGGAUUUAUACUGGUAAAUAUGUUACGGCAUGUUCUAUUCUAGUCACCUGCAGUUGUAAGUUAGAACGGUUGAUUAUAAAUCUUUAACAUUUCAGAUGGUUUUAUUCUUAUUUUGCUCUCUCUCCUUUUGGAAACCCAUGUGUAAAGUGAAUGAAUGAAAUAAAAUUGACCAAGAUUGAUCAGUCAGGUCAUUAAUAUGAUACAGUGCGCAAAGCAGUAUAUGGUAAAUGGACUGCAUUUAUAUAGCGCUUUUAUCCAAAGCACUUUACAAUAGAUGCUUCUCAUUCACCAGAGCAGUUAGGGGUUAGGUGUCUUACUCAAGGACACUUUGACACGCCCAGGGUGGGGAUCGAACCGGCAACUGCCAGACAACCGCUCUUACCUCCUGAGCUAUGUCACCCCCACAGUAUGUUAUUCAUGCCUUGCUUUUGCUGUUAAUAUGGUUACAAAAUUGAUUAUUGUGAUUUGGUUUUAACUGUCCUUUACAGUUAUCUGUUUAAACAAAUGUGCCUUUUUGCAAAGAAAUGCAAUGUUGAUGUGUCACUAAAUCUUCCUACUGAACUGUGUGAAAUAAAUAUAUGAUUUUGAAAA